ACAACUUAGCGACAUCUAUCGGUAUUUAUUAAAUUUUUUAAAUUGAUAUUUACUUUACAUGAACUUACAAGUUUUCUGUCUAAUUGCUGAUUGACUAUCAGAAAACAGCUGAUCUAUAACGACUUUGACGUAUUUAACGACUUUAACGGUAAUACGUUUCUUUUUAAAUAAUUUAUUUAAUUUUUCAGCAUGUCAAUGAUUAUUCUUGUAUUCGCAAGAUAAAGUUUUUUGUUUAAAUAAUUUAUUUAAGAUAAUACGUUAGUUUAUUUGAUAAAACCGGUUUAUUUUUGCCAUGGCAAGCUCGAUAUUAAACUCGAGCAAUGGCUAUAAUUUUAAAGUUGUUCUUCUUGGUGAAGGUUGUGUAGGUAAAACUUCUGUUGCACUCAGAUAUGUUGAAGACAAGUUUAAUGAUAAACAUUUGACAACUGUUCAGGCGUCAUUCCUUAAUAAAAAAUUAAAUAUUAAUAGCAAAAGAGUCAAUCUGGCAAUAUGGGAUACUGCGGGUCAAGAAAAAUUUCAUGCUUUAGGACCAAUUUACUAUAGAAUGUCAAAUGGAGCCAUUUUAGUAUAUGAUAUUACUGAUGAAGAUACAUUUCAAAAAGUAAAAAGUUGGGUAAAAGAAUUGAAAAAAAUGCUAGGAAGUGAUAUAUGUUUAGCUAUUGCUGGAAAUAAGAUAGAUCUUGAAAAAGAUCGUAAUGUUUCAAUUGAAGAAGCUGAAGAAUACGCAAAACAAGUUGGCGCUGUACAUUUUCAUACUUCAGCAAAACAAAAUAGAAAUAUUGAAGAAAUGUUUUUGGAUUUAACGAGGAGAAUGAUAGCUCAUGCUGAUGAGGUGGAACAAAAAAAAUCUAGUUUAAGUAGAGUUAAUAGUAGCAGAAGAAAUGUUGUUGUUGUUGAAGAUGAUGUAGAACAAACUCAGGCUACUAAAUCAUCUUGUUGCGGAAGUUCCUCACAUUCUUCAUAAUUAAUCAUUUUUUAAUGAUAAAAAAAUAUAUAAAUGUAUAUAUUAGUCACUUUUUUUAAUUAUAACUAUUACGUAAUUGGAUUCAUUUUUAAUUGUUCUCUGAUAUGAAAAAUGAUUUAUCGAAUUUUAAUAUUUUAUUAUAAAAAAAAAAUAAAUAAAUGAAUUAAUAAAUAUAAAUAUGUAAUCAAGUCAGUAUAAAGUUUUAUAAUUGAAAUUAAAAAAGAAACAUUUAGUAAUUAUUUUACUUGAAAAGUAAUAAAUGCCAAACAAAGAUUAUUUAUAUAUGUAAAUAAUUUGUACGAACGAUACAAAUUUUAAAUUUACUAUAAAAAAUAAAUUAUAAAUGCUAAUUAAUGCAAAAUAUAUACGAUCUAAAGUCACAGCAAAAUGUAUUAAGCGGAAUAUUAAACAAAAUAUGAUAUGAAAUAUAGAUAUAUGAAUUGCAACUGAUAUAAAUUGUUUUAUCUGUCAUAAUUAAAUUAUUGACGAUAUAUACUAA